UUCCUCUCACCGGCGUCUCCUCCCUCUCACCGGCGCUCCGUCACCGGCGUCGCGGUGCUCUCCUCACCGCCUCCUUUCCACCACAAGUUCAUCCCCUAAUUCUCUUCAACCCAAUUCCUCAAAGUCAAAUUCCUAAUUGGAAAAAAAAGGGGUGAAAACAGCACCUCCAACUCUCUCACGCCAUACUCUCUCUUGACAGCUCAGUCGUCUUCCCCGGUGAGCGCCGAAGUUCCGACGGUAUCCUCCGUCCAUCGGCUCGCAGUCAGCGCCGACCAUUUCAAGUGUGUGUAGUCUUUUUUUUCCAUUGUUUAAGUUUCAGAAAUUUUGGAGAGGUUGUAUUUCUCGAGGCCGACGUUUGUUUUUCCUGCAAGGAUGGUGGAGACACUUUUUGAAGAUAUAUUCCGAAUUGAUGCAAUUGAUCCAGAUGGAAAAAAGUUUGAUCGGGUUUUUCCUUUAGUCUCUCGUAUUUCCGCUAGGAGUGAGCAGUUUGACAUGCUGAUGCACCUUGAUAUCAACACUCAGAUUUAUCCUAUGCGUGUCGGGGAGAAGUUCAUGAUGGUAUUAGCAUCCACUUUGAACUUGGACGGAACGCCAGAUUCUGGCUAUUACACUCCGGGUAACAAGAAGUCGCUUGCAGAUAAGUUCGACUAUGUCAUGCAAGGUAAACUGUACAGAAUCUCCGAGGAAUCUAGCGAGAAGCAAGUCAAAGCGGAUAUAUAUGUCUCGUUCGGUGGACUUCUGAUGAUGCUGAAGGGGGAUCCUUCCAUUGCCGCUAGAUUUGAGCUUGACCAGAGGCUGUUUAUUCUAAUUAGGAAGGUUUGAGUCAGAGAUGCUACUGGGCAAAGAAAUUUCAAAGGAAAAACUUGUUUAAUAUAUGCUCCUAGCUAACUCAUUGUCUGCAUUUGAACUGAUGAUAAUAUAUUGACAUAAUUGUCGACUA